AUGGACCCAACAACACUGUUGAUAACGUCUGGACCUCCUUUUGCAGUCGCAGAUCCUCCUUCCAAGGACGACAUCUACCUGCCGAUAUCGCGAUCCCCCCAGCUUGCCGACAACAAGCGGGUCUUCACCUCCACCAGGAGGUUCCGAGUGCACAACGAUGCCGACUCAGCCAGGAGCCUCCGCUCGCACGACAUCCCUGGUGCGCAGGCCAGCAGCACGCGGAACCUCCUGGUGACCAAGAGGUUCGGGAAUGACAAGAAGGCCGUGGUCGGGAUCUACGACGAGAAGACACAGCACGAGGUCGAAGCCUUCUGUUCCGUGUACCACAAGGCCAGCAACACAGGGCUGCUGGGAGAUGCUGUUCUCGGAAGUUACCUUCCUCACAGGUCGCAAUCGUACAGGCUGAAGAACAAGAACGUCAAGUACUCGCUGCAGACAGAAGAUAUUUUCGGCGCACAACCAAAGCAGUUGUCCAGAUUCCUUGAAGUCACCUCGAGGCAUCUAGAUCCUCUCUCUCCCAAGUACAAACACCCGAGCUUCAAACCUGCCGAUCCUCUAGUGCCCAAGUCGAAUGGGCACAACUCGCUCGAUGUCAAGGACCUGGUCUUCUCUGCCGGAGAUGGAGAGCUCAGACCUGUCUUCGGCGUCGGGAAGCUGGUGAUGAGCAGAGCUGAUGGAGGAGCCGCAGGGCUGUUGGAUAACAAGGCGACCAGAAGAUCGCAGAGACAAACGAGGAACCCGCUAGGGGAUGAUAUCCUCACCAUCACAAGAGGCCCGACCAUGCCGGGGAUCACGGGCUCCUCGUUCAAGAGCCGACGCAACACAGACCCGCUGGCUCCUGCUUACCACCUGAGCCUGGAGCUCUCGGCUGUAGAUCACGAGACUUUGAGGGCGAAGAUGUCUCCUAACGCUUCGUCUCCGGGAACCAAUGCGUCGCCAACUUCGCUUGACGUGUCGGGUGAAGUUCAGAGUCCCGGUGGAGCAAGUCCUGGGCAUUUGAAUGGAGAACUUUCCGAAUCCUUUGUGCAGGAUUCCAACGAUUUCAACAUUGUUCCAUUUCAAGCUGAUGGUCCCAGAACACGAUUAUGUGAUUUCGGUCUGACCUUUAUCUCUUUGAGCAGGGAGCCUUUCAAAGUCUACAUCAACUACGGAGUAGUAGAGGGAUCCUCCCCCUCCAACCUGGACCUGAAGCGGAUGAAGUACUCCAGUCAGUCGGGCGAGGGCUCCCCAGACCUCAAAGGAUCGACGCUCCUCAAGACGGAGGAUGUCGAUGGCGCAGGUUUCCAGCCUUUCAACGCCAUGAAGUCGCAAGUCGGCGGAGGGAUCUACGGUGGAUCAUACAGGAAGUCAACCACCUCUAGGAGGGAGUUCAGAGAGACCAAUCAGGUCAGCGACAUCGCGGGCGAGGUCGAAGGGCGACCGAGAUACACGACAAUGCACAACCGACCGACCCGGCACCUCGACCCCCUCCAGCCGGAAUACGCUUCCCUCGACGGAAGCGGGGCGACGCUGAAGGCCCCGCCCGGGAGUUUUAACGUGAAGCACAGGGCUGCAGCGAGUCAGCGAGAGAAGAUGGAGAGGGUCGAUCAGAGAGAUUUCUACGAUAGGAAGGAGGCGCAAAGGCAGCUGAGCGAGGAGAUCUCUGCUGUCCGCUCGCUAGAGUGA